AACUAAUAAUUUAUAAAUGACUUAUAACAGAACGUUAUUAUAACGUGUUACCGAAAUGAUUGUAUAUAUGCAGAUUUAUUGCUAGAGCCCAUUAUAAUCAGUGAUGCUGUGCGGUUAAAUGCUGCUCAAGCUGACGCUCCUGGAGUUGUUAGGGCUGUUGAUGGAACUCAUGUUUACGUCAUUGCUCCAACUGUAAACCAGGAGACAUACCAGUAGAAAACAAUUUCAAAACAUCAGUCAUUAUUUGUGAUAAUUUUGCACAAUGCAGAGCCCUUUUUGCAAAAAUGUGUUUAAAUAUUAAAAUAUUUCAGUGUCUUAAUUAAAUGAUUUUAUUGUAGUUACAUUAAAUGAUUGGUGUUGUGCUGCUGUGACCACAUCAGCAGGCUCACUUUUGGGUGUUUCCAACAUCAAGGGCACCUCAGUCAACACUUAAGAAACAGUCUUAGACUUUACUGAAAGUUGCCUUUAACCUCUUUAUAAAAGUCUCCUACUCUUAGAAAAGUCCUUCUUUUUACUAAGAAUUUUUUGACACCGAAUUCAAAGCUUUCUAUUCUUAAGAGCUUUUCAGAGAAGUAGUAUACAUAUGGGCCCUGGUCUUAGAUGCAAGGUUCCCAGCACCGUGAAAAUAAAAGUCCCACUUAUGACACUUGUUGGCAAAACAGAAAAAUGUAUUGGCUAUUUUAAAACAAUUAAAGAUAUGGGUCAACCACUAAUUCAGACUCAGUAGCGGACUUUGGUAGCUCGUUAAGGCUAAUUUACUGAAGAAAAAGAAAUUAAUUUUGAAAAAGAGUGAUGGUUCACUAAUUGGCUUCAUCAGUUCAGUUUCUAAACCACCAACAUAAAAAACAAAACAUGAUCACUGAAUUAUUCCUAGACCUAUUAAGUGCUAAAUACAAACAACAAAAACAUUUGAUAUGGACAACAUUAUUACUCUUUAUACAAAACGUGUACCAUUGAUUUUAUUUUGUAUUUUGUUUUUUGUUUUUCAGUUUAAUUCAUUCACAGGAUGUGUGAUAAACCAAUGCCUGAGAUGUUCACCGCAGAUACACUGAGUGAUAGAUUUUUGUCUUAUUUUUGAUAGCACUUAUUUCCUGAGCAAAACUAUUGCACUGCCUCCAUAAAAGAUGGUAACCAGUGGUCCUCUCAACCUACAUUAUAUUGUAUCCAGCACAAAUGGGGCAGUGGAUGAUGAGCCAGAUACUGUUACGCCAUUUAACUAUUAUGAUGAAUACUCUGAUUUUGAUUCAUCAUUCGCCUGUGUUUAUGGAGAUCAUGGAGCUAGAAUUCUUCCCAUUUUAUACUCCCUUUAUUUUGUGGUGGGCUUUCUGGGUAACAUGCUGGUGGUCUGGGUGGUCUGCAUGGCUGCGAAGCUGAGAAGCAUGACUGACAUCUGUCUCCUGAACCUGGCUUUAGCUGACCUGCUCCUGGUGUCCUCUUUGCCCUUUCUGGCACACUCUGUCAGAGACCAGUGGGUCUUUGGAGAUGUAAUGUGCACUGUGGUCCUCAGUGUCUACCACGUUGGAUUUUACAGUGUGAUAUUCUUCAUCGUACUGAUGAGUAUUGAUCAAUACAUAGCUAUAGUUCACGAUGUGCUUGCAAGGACAUAUGGAAUCUUAGCCAGUGUAGUUAUAUGGAUUAUUGCAGUUUCAGCAUCAUUUCCUGAGGUGAUGCACUUCAAAACUAACCAUUUCAGUCAACAAAUCGUUUGUAAUUUGUUUUAUCCAAUAAGUGAUCAAAAUCCUUACUUUUCUUUCAGGAUUUUUGGUAUCUUUAAAAUGAAUGUCAUAGGUUUAAUUAUCCCUCUUAUCAUAAUUGGAUUAUUUUACUCAUUGAUUUUGAAGAAACACCUGACAGCCCGUUCUUCCAGAAAGCAGAACAUAUGCCAUGUCAUCACUGUGAUGGUGGUGUUCUUCUGCUGUUAUGCUCCAUAUAAUGUUGCUGCUUUUGUGAAAGUCUUAGAGCUGAAAGAACUCAUAUCUGAUUCCUGUGACUUCAGUAAGGCGAUCAAUCUAAGUCUGCAGAUCAUAGAAGCUUUGGCAUAUUCACACACCUGCAUCAAUCCCAUUCUCUUUGUGUUUGUGCGAGAGAAAUAUAGGAAACAUCUUGUCAGUCUCCUCUAUAAGACACCCUGUGGUAGACUGCAGUUUAUGAAUAAUAACCCUACACAGGCCACAGGGUCAGUUUACUCACAGAACACUGAGAGACCUAGUACAGUAGUGUAAAUGGAGGACUUGAGAUUUAUUUUUAAAUUAAUGUACUAAUUUGGUAAUUUGUUUGGAAUCUACAAUCAUUGCUGUACAGGAGAUUGUAAUAGUUGGGUAACUGCAUCCCGUGUUUAUUGUGUUUGUUAGAAUUCUAAACUAUCACUUUUAUAUACAUGCAAUUUAUCACUUGGAACCAAUAUAUGCAGAACUCUUUUUUUUUUUUUUGGUAUAUGCUUUAAAUUGGGUAAUAUAUAUAUAUAUAUAUAUAU